ACUAUAUAUGUAAUACUUUUAUUAAUAGUACUUUUUGUACUAAACUAGAAGCGCAUGCCAUACUUUUAUCCAGCUAUUGCUCUGGUAUUUGUAUAUAUAUAUAUAUAUUUAUAUAUAAUUUUGAUUAACCCAAAUUCGAUAUUUUUAGUUUUACUAUACUUUGAAUUUGAACUAUUAUAAACUGUAAAGAUACGUCGAAACUUUCGUUCGAGGUCUAACGAGAAAGCUAACCAUUUUACAUUUUUUUGUUUUAGUACUAUCAGUACCAAUACUAAUUAGUUGUACAAACACCUCUGUAACUGUGUGAGUUAACACAUAGUUAAUUCGAGUCUUAGUCCAAUACAACUAUUAAUACUUCAGCACUUACUGAUGAUUUAGGUCCUACUCCUAGGCCUGUCAAGCAUAAUCUUUUGCUUGGAUUUACCGUAUCGUAAGUUCUGUGUUAACAUGUUAUAUUUCUUCUAUAAGUAUAAUAACUCGUAUCAGCUCAAGUGUAAGGUGUACAAGUUACAAGUGAUUUAAGAAGCAGAAAUCGUAGGUUUAUUUGUAUUAUUACCAUUUGUGUAUAGGAAUAUGCUUUAUCAUUAUACACCAUAAUUUUCCUUGCUGAGUUUAAGAAGCUACACAAUGUAUCCAAGACAAUGCAAAAUGGCUCCAGGAAGCUUUCGGCUUAUACCAGGUACCAUGUAUGCCCAUCGUUUCCGCCAUCUUCAGAAAAAGCACUUAGAAUCUUUCUCAGGGUUAAAUGCAAUAUGCUUACCUGAUGCCAAUCCUAUUGGUGUUAUGUAUCGAUCAAGCUUGCCUGCAACACCCUUGUCUACACCUCUGUAUGAUGGACCUCAGUUUACAGAGGAAGCCCUAAGAGAACGUCUGUGCAAGACUCCUUCUCCACGAAAGUGUCGAUUUUUUGAUCCUCGCCAUUCAGAUGUGGGGUUAAACGACCUAGACAGUAAAUGGGGAGACUUGACAUUGAAAAGAGAUCCCAUUGAUCGUGUUAUUAGCCCUGUUCAUCAUGAGAAAUCAGUAGCUUAUCCAAGAAAUAAAAGUAAAGAUAAAAUAACUGACAGUCCAGGCCACUUUUCUGAUAGUGAAGAGUUCAGUGAACGAAGGACUUGGCAAGAAGCUACUAAAGAGAAACAACCAACUACUUUGAGCUUAACUAAACGGGUGUUUGUUGGAAAUAUAAGCUACAGGGUAACAAAGAAAGAACUAGCAGAUCACUUCAGUCAGUUUGGAACAGUAGUACAGUGUGUUAUUGUACAAGAUCACAUUAAGAAAAGACCAAAAGGUUAUGGUUUCAUCACAUUUUCAAAACCAGAGGAAGCAGUAAGGGCAAAAAAUGCUUCACUAGAACAAUUGCGUCUUGACUGUAGGCAGUUGCAGACCAUUAAAGCUCUCAAACCUACCCAUCCACCACACUCACUAAACUAA